GCAUGUUCACGUCGCUUAUGAUAUUCUCAGAUAUCGAACAAACUCUAUUUAGCUACGCUUGAAACCCCUCAUUUGAAUUGAAACCCAAGCACAAUGAUGGACAAAAUCAUUUUCACAUCUGUCGAGCCAAGCCUUCACAGUAGAGCAUUGAAACCUCAACGUACUAGAUACACUUGUUUGCUAAACCCAGACAUCCAGUUGUACAGGAUGAGAGCCAUAUCGGCAAUGGUCUUCCUGGCCUUAUGUGCGCUGCUAGUUAUAAUCUACCAGGCCAUACAGCAGGAGCUCAACAUCCGCAACCUGAAAACACGCAUUGCUGUUUCUGGGGAACAGGUGAAGCUGAAGGAAGAUGGAAUCGUGGCAGCCAAGACGAAAGUGGAAGAGAUGAAUAAAAAGCUUAAUCCUCUGAUCACACAAAGGGAUCAACUUAAAAAACAGAAGGACGACAUCAAGAAAAGCAAUACUGAUUCUGAAAAGGAGCUAGGCACCUGCAAAGCUGAGAAGGGUAAAUUAGAGAAGCAGAGCAACGACGCGAAAGAAGCACUUCAGAAAAUAAAGGAUGACCAAGAAGCCGAGAGGAAGAAAGCUGAGGGAGAGAUUGAGGGUCUGAAACAGCAAAUUCUAGAGAGGGAUUUAAAGAUCUGCAAAUUUGUGGAUGUUACAUUGGAUGAGCCAAAGAAGUUGUGCGCAGGUGCGCUGUGAAGAAGCUUUGUGAAGGAACUUCUGAAUUCCAUUGGAGUGCUCAGGAAAAAUGUUCUGAAUGGAACUGUGUACAGUUUCUUUUUUUUU